CGUCAAAUUGAAUGCCAAACCAUCACAAGCACUAAGCAAAUCGAUCGAGUUAUCAAGAGAUAAUUAAUAUCGUUUCGGUUUAGUGCGCGUGAUCCAGCAGCAGCAAUGGCAGGCAAGGCCUCGAUCGCGCUAUUCCUCGCCGUCAACCUGGUGGUCUUCUCGUUGGGCAGCGCCUGCGGCGGCCACUGCCCGACGCCGACGCCGCCGACCCCGUCGACGCCCACCCCGACUCCCGCCGCAUUCGGCAAGUGCCCACGCGACGCGCUGAAGCUGGGCGUGUGCGCCAACGUGCUGGGCCUCAUCAAGGCCAAGGUGGGCGUGCCGCCGGCGGAGCCGUGCUGCCCGCUGCUGGAGGGGCUCGUCGACCUCGAGGCGGCGGUGUGCCUCUGCACGGCCAUCAAGGGCAACAUUCUCGGCAUCAACCUUAACCUCCCCGUCGACCUCAGCCUCAUCCUCAACUACUGCGGCAAGCGCGUGCCCACCGGCUUCAAGUGCUUCUAAAGGCUUUAUAAAGUAGCCGCGCGAUCGAUCCAUGCACGUCUCAACGCAACAGGGGUUUAUUUGGUUCCUACGUGCUAGCAGCGUGUUGUCACUUGUCAUGCAUGGGCAUGUUCAUGCAUGCGUGCAUUUGGUGGCAAGAAGUACGUAUCUGGUUUGAUUCGAUAUGAUUUUGUUUAAUUUGUGGCCUUCUCCGCGCGUACGCGAGAUUAUGCAUCGGGGUACAUGUUUGUUUUAUUUUUUGGAAAUUAUUGUUUGAUUCAUAUCACUUGUAUUGUAUUCAGUACGUAAAAAUAAAGUCUCUCUGCUCUGUUAUUUGUAA